AUGGAUGUGAUAGUGGAGGGUACCCGUACAAUGCAAGUAGAAAAACUACUAAGAGAAAGAGACAUAUCCUUCGAUGUGGUGACGAAUGAUAUUACGUCACUAGUGGGUCCGCCUCGUCGUGUCCGAAGUCCUGUGUUGUCACCGCGUAUGCGUUCACCAAUUAAAAAAAGUCUCGACUGGAAAGAUUUUUACCCUUUGAAUGUUAUUUACGAUUUCCUCGAUGCAUUAGAGCGCCAAUACCCGUCGAUUUGCACGGUAACCGUUAUUGGCAAUACAGUGGAAGGCAGGGAUGUCAAGAUGUUGAAAAUUUCAAAUAGUAACGCUAGAAAUACAGCUGUUUGGCUGGACGGGACAAUACACGCUAGAGAGUGGAUCAGUACGUCAGUCGUAACGUACAUAGCCGAUCAUAUCGCUAGAAGUUUUAAUACGUUACCUGAUUAUAUUACUAAUAAGGACUGGUUUUUCGUUCCUGUGGUAAAUCCGGACGGCUACUAUCAUACGCAUACGGUCGAUCGAAUGUGGCGAAAAAAUAGAGCUCGAUUUGGAAAUACCAUUACUGGUGUUGAUUUGAAUAGAAAUUUCGGACUAAACUGGGGUAGGAAUGGUAAUACAGAAUGUGCCUCGGGAGAUCCGAACCAUUUAAACUAUCGCGGAACUGAAGCUUUUUCUGAACCAGAAACGGCAGCUAUUAAGGACAUCAUUUUGUAUUCGGGGGUACCUUUCAAAAUAUUUCUAACAUUUCACGCAUACAGUGAACUAAUAUCAUUCCCAUGGUGCUAUACCUCGGAUCCUUGUCCGGAUUACGUUAAUUUAUUGGAAGGAGGUACCGCCAUGGCUAAGGCUAUUUAUGAGACGAGCGGCCGAAUGUACAAAGUCGGUAAUUUUAAAGACAUCAUGUAUUACGCAAGUGGCACAAGCAUAGAUUGGAGCUACGGAACUGCUCGUAUACCAUUUACGUACCUAAUCGAAUUGAGAAGUAAAAAGGAUAGAUUUUUACUACCCAAAGAAGAAAUUCAAGAUUGCUGUAAAGAGGUGCUGAACGGGGUCAAGGCAUUAGCCGAGUUCGUUGACAAAAAGAAAUGUCGCAAUUGCAAUGUUCAUUUCAAAAAGAACCCACAGUGA